AUGUUAAGGUCGACGCGCCUUUGGCGCUUUUGGAUGAAGGGCGGCGACAUGUUUGUGGAGUAUAAAAUUAUGUCGCGGGAUCAUCGGCGCUCGCUUCGCGUGAAAGGCGCCCUUGUAGACCCCAACGUUGCCCGUACCGUUGUUCCAUUAAGCUGGCUUGAGCAGCUGCGCAGCCCAUCCUUGCGGCUGCCGACAGGAUAUCACAUGGAGGAGGCGGUUUACGUGCCUCCGGCGUAUGCUGCGGUGAACGAGAAGGCAGGUGACCGGUCGCCGGAGCGAGGCACAGCGACGGCGUCAAAUGCAAUUUUGGCAGGACCCGUUGUUCUGUACAUUACGGGACAGAACCUCCCGGUGGUGGUAAAUCCGUACUUUGUUCCAGAUGAGACGUGGGGCGUUAGACUGAGCGGCGACGAGUGGGACUUGCGACUAGGCAUGGACGCCAUCGAGCAGUGCACCUUGUUUAGCGAGCUUCGCCCGGGUGGAUUGCUUUGCAACAAACUCCCUAGUAGCCAGAACGUAACGCGUCACGAGCCCGUGCGUGCAACCCUGCAGCGCUAUGGCAUGAAGUGCGGGCUUGCUGAGUCGCCACUAGUUCCUCGGCCGUGGACGCGGAUGCGGUACAUGUUUAUCGAUGAGCUGCAGCGCGGUCCAAAGAUGACGGAGUUUGUCGGACACAACCCGCGCAAUGGCACCCCGUGGCGCUUCUCACAACAUACGAAGCAUUUCCGCCUUGGUAUCUGGCGGGAAACGAUACGUCGCAACGACAUGAAUGAAGGCCUCCACGGUCACAGCAGCUGGCAGAAGUCACCACAGCAGGCGGUGCCUGAGGUUUGCCUCAUGGCGCCCUACCCAUAG